GGCUGUGGCUUGAACCUCCUAUCCAGACACAUUCCAGCGGAGUAAGACCGCAGGUAUGAGACUGUUGAACAGAGAAGACAGGAGUAAAGGGAUGAGAAAGGAAGGCAGGGACCAGUUGAAGAUUAAGAGAAAAAAUUAUGCAAAAAGGAAAGAAGAUAAAAGCACUUUAUUAAGGAGAACAUGGCGGCCCAACACUACUGGCUGAUGCUGCUGUUGGUCAGCUGCCAUGAAUGGAUUACAGGUGUUGGGAUAAGCAUCAGUCCUUUUAUAAAGCAUUACGAAGUCUUAUCGUAUAACAGAGGGGAUCUCCACAGGAAGCACAUGAGAGCCAGGAGAGCCUCACAGCCUCAGGCAUAUACGCUGGAUUUGGAUUUUACCGCUUUUAAUCGAACGUUCCGCCUGCUUCUGAAGCAGGAUUCUGCUGGGUUUUCCGAAGAAUUCACGCUGGUCGAUGAAAAAGGCCCGACAUCAGUCGAUCUGUCCCACUUAUACUCAGGAACAGUUGAAGGCGAGGAUGGGUCAUCCUGCCAUGGCUCUGUAAUACUGGGACAGUUUGAGGGAACCAUCCACACACAGAGUGGCACUUACCACAUAGAGCCUCUGCACAGAUAUGACAGCCUGACAGAUCAUCACUCCAUAAUCUACCAUGAGGAGGAUUUAGUUCUUCCACAUGCGAUGUCCCGCUCUGAUGGAUUCUGUAGUUCAGAUCAUCUUAACGCCCUCGCUGGAAACCUCAACCAGGCACCAGUGAGCCGUUCAAGGAGGAAGGUUGACAACUUGAAGACCAGCUGCCUGCUCCACCUCCACGCCGACCACUUCUACUACAAGAAGUUCAAGUCUGUUGAAGCUGUUGUGGCUCAGGUUUCCUCUUAUAUGUGGGCCGUGAACGACAUCUACGACAAGGCUGACUUUGAUGGAAUCAAGCUGAUCAACUUUAAAGUCAAAUCCCUCAAGGUGAUGAUGACAGCGAAUAAGACGGAUCCUCUGCAUCCUCUGUUUAUCGGACCGGAGAAACUGUUGAGUCUUUUCUCUGAGAAAAACUGGGGAAACUUCUGCCUGGCCUACAUGCUCACUAACCGAGACUACAGCGGAGUGCUGGGGCUCGCCUGGGAGGGCAAAACCGGUAACUGGGGAGGAAUAUGCUCCAAGUAUACUGCCCUGCGUAACGGCGGUAAGGCCACCCUGAACACGGGACUGAUCACGAUUCAGAACUACGGACAGUUCCUGCCUCCUCGACAGGUCCAGCUCACCUUUGCACAUGAACUGGGUCACAGCCUGGGAUCUCCGCAUGACGAGGGUUCGAACUGCGGCAACCUUGGCUCUUCUGGGGGCAAAGGUCGGUACCUGAUGUUUCCACACGCCACAGACGAGGUGCGAGAAAACAAUGACAAGUUCUCGACCUGCAGCGUUAAACAUAUCAGCAAGAUCCUGAACCUGAAGAAAGACGACUGCUUCGUGGUCAGCGAUGAGCCCAUCUGUGGCAACCUCAUCGUGGAGAAAGAGGAGGAGUGUGAUGUCGGUCAUAAUGACACAGACCUCUGCUGCUACAGUGCUAAAGAGGCCGCAGGAGUCCAGUGUCGACUCAAGCCUGGUAAACUCUGCAGUCCGAGUCAGGGCCUGUGCUGCGGUCAGAACUGUGAGUUUAAGCCUUUGGGCCAGAUGUGCGACGAGGAGACAGACUGUGUGAAGGAGAGCGUGUGCUCCGGCCUCUCCCCGCUCUGCCCCAAACCAGACCCCAAGGAAAACUUGACCGUCUGCAGCCAGGGCACGCGCGUCUGUCUGAAAGGGGUCUGCGCUGAGUCUGUGUGUGUGAAGCACGGCCUGCAGCAGUGUGACUGUCCUGGAGUCAGCAUGAAGGAGAAAUGCCACAUGUGCUGCCAGCAGCCUGGUAAGCCGAUGACGUGUGCCAGCACCUCCUCCUCUGUGCUGUCCCGUCACUUCCAGACGAAGUUGUUGCCCCUGGUUGGCGGCGCGCCGUGCUCAGGGAACCAAGGAUACUGCGACAGAUUUCACGUGUGUCGCCUCCUGGAUGCGGACGGCCCGAUCGCCAGACUCAAGAACUCUUUCCUUCAUUUGGAUGAUUUUGAUGAUGUGGGGGAGUGGAUGAAGGCUCAUUGGUGGGCCAUCCUGAUUGUUAUCCUGGUUCUGUCUGGAGUGAUGGGCUGCAUAGUCUGCCUGUGUGGCAGUCCCUUGAACACUCGUGACCUGGACACGCCCACAACUACUCCCACUUCAAGAAAUACAUAUUAAAAUAUAAAAAUAUAUUUAUUAUUCUUGUUUGCUGAUGAGGGGGGGAAAUAAAGUAUCUGAGCCACACUAGAAUGAUGCAUUUAGACAGCCUUGUGUUGUGUUGCAAUUGGAGAUCUGCAAAUGACCUCUGUGAGGGCCAAACACCUGCUCAGCUCCCCUCAUGCCGGUUUGUAACCAGAGAUCUUUGUACGUCACAAUGUUUCUGCCUUUGCUUAUCCCUGGAGGGAUUCUCAGUAAGGCUCCUGUGAUACAUGUGCUGUGGAAAAUGUUUCCAGCAACCCUGGGCAUGUGCAGGUUCCCUCAAAGGCUGCCGCAUGCUGUGACUCUGAAGUCGCAAUGCAAAGGCACCUGAACACUUUAGGGGAGAGAGUGUACCUUUGCUUUGGAUGUCUGCCAGCUUUCCAUCUUAGUGCAAAUUAAUGAGCACAUGAACAGGACGUCAGGAAUUUGUGCUUUUAAUUGUGUACGAGGGAAACGGGUGGCAGAGCUGUCCUGGUUGAUUCUGUGUUCUUGUGUGUAUUCAGACUUUAUUUUUUCACAUUUUUCCUCAAAAGAAAUUGGGAUUUCACGUGAAAAAACAGAAAGUAGCCCGGUAUAACUGGAAGGAAACGAUGAUACAGUUCUCAACAUUCUACCUAAACUGCUGCAUUUGUCUUCAACCCUCUUUGCUCCCAAAUAAAAUAAAAUAAAUUCUAACAGAAUUCUGGCUUCAAUCUUCUGAGAUAAAAAGUCAAAAUUCUAAGAAAAAUGUCAAACUUUUUACUUUUCUUCUCAGAAUUCGAAGAAAAUUAGAUUAAAGUCAGAAUAAUUCUGGUAAAUUCUGAAAAAAAAAAGUCAAAAUUCUAAGAAAAUUAAAUCUGAUUUUCUUUUUCUGUGGUCCUAAUUUUCUUCCGGUGGAAACUGAUUUUAUUUGAUUGACAAAAUAUUAUUUAAACAUGCAACUAUUAUUUUCAAGGUUCUAUGCAGGUGUCCUUUUGGGCCACAUAAAACUUUAUGACAAACUGGAUUUGGCCUCUAGUUUGACCUUUCAGAUUUUUAUUAGUAAAAAAAAAAAAUCCAAGUUCAAUUUUUCCUUCCACUUCACAAUAUUG